UUCAGAACUCACACUCCUUCCUGGCGACGAGGUGCCUGGGAGAGGAGCUAGGAAGCCAGGGCGCACGGAGGCUUGGAGUCCGGGGGAAAGGAUGGCCCCACAGAGAGCUGUGCAGCUGUCCCUGAAGAAGCCCACCUACGCUGUGUGUGUGGUGGGAAUCGAAACGUACUUGGAUGUUCACAGUGAUGUGCCCAAGGGUGCUGAGACCUUCAGGGUCUCUGGGAGCUCCGGGGUGGAGGUCUUCACGGUCUACAACACAGCACAGGUGACAGAGCCCAUAGACAAGGCCCACUGGCCCCUGGAUGCUGGCGUGGAUGUGAUCAUAUCUGUGGACGCAGCCAGUAAGGCUUUAAACGAUCUCAAGGUGAACGUCUCCUACUUCGGGCAGCAGAAGAACAGUGCCUUGGGCCACAGUGUGCUCUACCUCACUGGCGCCGACAUCUCCCUCGACGUCGACACGGGCCGCACGGGCAAGGUGAAGAGGAGCCAAGGCGACAAGAAAACCUGGCGCUGGGGCCCUGAGGGCUAUGGGGCUGUCCUGCUGGUAAACUGUGACCGGGAUAGUCUCAAGUCCAGGGGGAUCGACCUCGCCAACACUCAGCUGACAUCACUGGAUGACCUGCAGGACAUGGCCCCAAUGGUGCUGAGCUGCGAUGGCCCUGAUGAGCUCUUUGACAGCCACAAGCUGGUCUUGAACGUGCCGCUUUCUGAUUCCAGGAGAGUGGGGGUCUUCUGCGCUAGGGGUGGGAAUUCUCUCUCAGACUACAAGCAGGUGCUGGGGCCCUGGCAUCUGUCCUACGAAGUGGAGCGGCAUCCGGGGGAGCGGAAGAUCAGCUUCUACGUGGAGGGGCUCACCUUUCCCGACGCUCAUUUCUUGGGGCUGGUCUCUCUCAGCGUCAGCCUGGUGGACACCAAGACCCUGCCUGAGGUGCCCCACUUCACAGACACCGUGACCUUCCGCAUGGCCCCCUGGAUCAUGACCCCCAACACCCAAAGCCCCCUGGAGCUGUAUGUGUGCAGUGUUGUAGACUCCCAUGGCUCAAAUGAGAAGUUUCUGAAAGACAUGUCUGACCUGGCGUCGAAAGCCAACUGCAAGCUGAUCGUCUGCCCUUGGAUUGAGAAUCGGAAUGACCGCUGGAUCCAGGAUGAGAUGGAGUUUGGCUACAUCGAGGCUCCUCACAAAUCCUUCCCAGUGGUCUUUGACUCCCCCCGAAACAGAAACCUGAAGUAUUUCCCUUAUAAGAGUAUCCUGGGUCCCGACUUUGGAUAUGUAACCCGGGAAAUCCCGUUCGCUGGUGUCUCUGGCCUUGACUCCUUCGGCAACCUGGACGUCAGCCCGCCCGUCACAGUGGAGGGCAAGGAGUACCCCCUGGGCCGAAUCCUCUUUGGCAGCAGCUUUCCCAAGUCUGGCGGGCAGCAAAUGGCCAAGGUGGUGCGCGACUUCCUGAAGGCCCAGCAGGUGCAGGCGCCCGUGGAGCUCUACUCUGACUGGCUCUACGUGGGCCACGUGGACGAGUUCCUGAGCUUUGUGCCCACCUCCGACCAGAAGGGCUUCCGGCUGCUCCUGGCCAGCCCCAGCGCUUGCCUCGAACUGUUCCAAGAGAAGAAGGAGGAGGGCUACGGGGAGGCGGCCCAGUUUGACGGGUUAAAGCGCCAGGCGAAGAGAAGCAUUAAUGAGAUGCUGGAAGACAGACGUCUCAGGAAUGACAACCUCCAUGUACAGAAAUGCAUCGACUGGAACCGGGAGGUGCUGAAGCGGGAGCUGGGCCUGACGGAGCGGGACAUUGUGGACAUCCCCCAGCUCUUCUUCCUGAAGGAUUCCUAUGCAGAAGCCUUCUUCCCCGACAUGGUGAACAUGGUGGUCUUAGGCAAGUACCUGGGCAUCCCCAAACCCUUCGGGCCCAUAAUCAACGGCAGCUGCUGUCUGGAGGAGAAGGUGCGGUCCCUUUUGGAGCCCCUGGGCCUCUACUGUAUCUUCAUCGAUGACUACUUGUCCUACCACAAGCUGCUUGGAGAGAUCCACUGCGGCACCAACGUGCGCCGGAAGCCCUUUCCCUUCAAGUGGUGGCACAUGGUGCCCUGAGCCUGCUCCCCACACGCCAUCCUCUCUCCCCACCUGCCAGGGAAUCCCGCCAGGAUAAGGAACCUCCACCUGGCCUCCAUCCUCUUGGGGGAGCCUUGGACGCUUCCCCCUGUGUGCUCACAAGUGUGCUGGUCACCGUGGGUACCAGGAUACAGGGAUGGACACCGCACAUCCUCACCUCUGGCGUGGCCUGCCAGCUCAAGAAGGACUGCUCUCACUCUUCCCUCCCCUCUUCCCCAUCCACAACUCCCAGAGGUUCUGGAAAAGAUCAACAGCCUUAGCACAUGCAAGGAUGGCAGCGUGUGGCCUCAGCAGUUGCCCCAAUUUGAGUUGCCCCUCCUCUGUUCUGACAUUCCCUUCGUGUUUGCACCAGGAAUGGGGCUCACAGGGCCUGGGGCCUGGGGUGAGGGCCCUGGGUCUAGGCCACCGGUGGCUCUUGUAAGACCAGGAAGGGGGAUUUGGGGCCCCCUUUUUCCUUUUCUGGCUAUCUUCUCCUUCAGGGGGCCCCCAUGCUGUGAUCUCCUAGCACCCCUCAGCCAUAUUUAUGUAGGCAAAUAAGGACAGGAAAACUCAGCGUCUGAUGGCCUGUUUCUUUUUUUUUUUUAAACAUCUUCAUUGGAGUAUAAUUGCUUUACUGUUUUAAAAAGAAAAAGCAACAAAACCCCUUUAAUACCUGACUCCCUCCUCAGAAGGGUGCUUGUCACCUGUUUGGAAAGCCUUUAAUUACGCAUGCUGGCUGCCUCCGCCUCACAAACGCUGAGAGGCCAGAGUGAGGCCCGAGGAGGGCACACGGAGGAAGGCUGGGCAGCAGGGGGAGGAGGCCAGGAUGGCAGAGGAGGCUGAGGCACGGGGAUAAAACCUGUGACCUGGCCCCUGCGCCCUAGGCCUCCCAGGCUUUAAGUGUCGGACUCUGGAUGUGAUGGGGUCUGGCUGUUCCAGAUGCAGCAAGGAGAGGGGGCCCAGAUGUUAGAAGAGGGUGGUGGUGGGGGGUCAUUAGGUUAUCUUUGAGGGUGGGGUUUAAUUUCCUUUAAUAGUCGUUAAUUAUCCCCCUUUCUUCUGCCGGCAGUGGGAGGGAAGGCUCGCCCAGUCUCUCUCAGCAACUCAGAGACCCUGCAUGUAGCUUGGGUUUCACCUGUGAGUAAAGCCCCGUGGCAGGCCUGUGUCCCCUCCCAUAGAAGGCAAGGCAGAGCUGCCAUGGGAAUUUAAUAGCCUGGCCCCAGGUGAGGUCACCGGGACAUGCACAGGCAAGCUGGCUUGGCCGGUGCAGGGCGAGAGGUGGCCCCUGCCCCAGAUAAGCAUGGGCAGGAGGGAACCAGCCUGCCUUCCUCUCCCACAGCCUCUGGGGCCAUCUCAGUGGCUCUCAGCCCCUGGGCCUCUACCUUCUGGGUUUUCUCCCUGGCUCCUGGUGAGAUUUAGAUUGAGCCAUCUACCCUUAAACUCUUUUAGCUGUGGAACACUUAGCCAUCAGAGGCUACCACGGAGACCCAGCAUGUGAAACUGAUGAAAACGGAACUGCUCUGGUUUAAGGUGGCGGGGGUGGUGUACGAGGAUCCUCCCCUUCCAGAAGGUUCUGUGGAACCCCAUUUGCAAGCCCCUGGUCCAGCCCGUGCACUUUCUGCUCAUAAGCAUGGUGCCCCUUAGGCUGAGCCAGGAGGAGAAGGAAUCUCUUCGGCAGCCGGGGUUCCCCGGGGAAAGCGCUGCGGGUGGGAGGGGAGUGGGCAUUGCAGAGAGAUGGGGAUGGUGGCACUGAAUGCGGGGAGUGGCACUGAGUGCGGGGAGCUCUGGAAUUGCUGCUGGGCUGUUUGGGGGGUGCGUUGCUGAUGUUCCCUCUGAGAAUGUUCCAGGUGACUGGUCACCUCCUUUCGGAUUAAUAAAAAUGUCAACAUGCAUUUCUUCAAG